AUGUGCGCUGGUAACAACAGACUCGGGCAUAGCCCUCGACAGCCACCCCCUAACCCCCCCACCCCCCCCCCUUAUGUGCGCGCGUCGCCCCUUCACGUCGGCAUCGUGUUCAAGGGUUUCAAGGAGGGCGUGCACUGCGCUCCGCAAAACUGCAACUUCACGGGGCCCGGAGCGUACACGGGCGAGAUGUGCGCCGACCAGAUGGUCGACAUGGGCAUGAAGUGGUGCCUCAUCGGCCACUCGGAGCGCCGCGGCGAGUUUGGGCUGCCGACGCCGGCCGAGUCGAGCACGCUCAUCGCCGAGACAAAGAUGGGCUACCUCCUCGAGAAGGGGAUGAACGUCAUCCUUGGGUCCAUUGGCACCGGCGUCACCGCCUCGCCGAAGCAGGCGCAGGAGACGCACGAAGAAAUCCGAAAGUACCUCGCCGAGGCGGUGAGCAAGGAGUUCGCCGAUGACGUGCGCAUCCAGUACGGCGGCUCCGCCAACGCCAAAAACGCGGCAGAUCUCGGCGCCUGCAAGGACGUCGACGGCUUCCUGGUGGGCGGCGCGUCGCUCAAGCCCGAAAUCAAGGAGAUCGUCGACCUGCUUGUUGCGGAGAAGCUGAAGAAGGCGUGAGCACUUGGCGAGCUCGAAAGGCUUUGGCGCGUGUGGAGCGGCGCACCGAAACCGGGCAAGACGCGCGCGGGGGCCGCUUGAGAGAGGGAAGCAACG